UUUCGUAAUUUUUUAGUUGAUAUAAAUCAUCCAAACUCUGCAGAUCUUAUCAUUAAAAUCCUGUAUGAUGGACAAAUUAAGAGCUGAAGAAGUUACCGUUAACUUUAAGUUGAUGAAACGAUCCAUGAUCUAUCACAUAUUUAAUCCAAACGGUUCAAAGAUUUUCAAUUGUAACAUUUACCGACUACUAUUUUUUCUUUAUGGAGUAUUUGUGAAUAGCAUUGUCGUUUACAGUGCUUCAGGCUUUUUUGUCGAAAUGGAAGAUACUUUGACUUACAUUGAUUUCUCUGUUAUUAUAUUCGUUAUGAUUAAUUUUUUUUUAUGCUCUUGGAGGUUUUUCAUUUUUUUGUAUAACAUUGAAAUAAUGUAUGACGUGUUUAACGUUUCAUGGUUUAAUUUUUUCAAGAGCAAACAUUGUUGUAAAAAUAUAAAUGUUCUUUUCGGCUAUCGAGACAGUACGAUUAAAAUCACCAAUUACGUUUUCGUAUUCUCGUUAACAGUGAUGUCACAGUGGAUAUUAUUUCCUCUCGUGCUCGUUGCAUUCAAAACACCCGAAGAUGAAAAUAUCCGCCAACAGAACAUUAUGAACUUGCGUUAUCCUGUAUCUACCCACAAUUACAAUCAAUAUUAUUUCUUAUUUUAUUUUAUGGAAGUAAUAGUAGCAUUAUUUACCAUGUAUGCAAUGAUCUUGCCAGACAUACUGUUAAUUUCUUGGUGUUGGGCUAUAAUUGCUCAACAGGAUGUCCUCAAUCAAGCGUUCAAAUCCAUUGGACUCGAAGAUAACUCACAAAUAGCAUAUUAUGAAGAUUUUAAAUCAAUUCUAGUUGAUCAAUCACAACUUAAUCUGAAAAUUAAAUCAUUUUAUUCAGUUGUGCGGCCUGUUAUUUUAACAUACGUCGCUAUUAUAUCAACAUGUUUCAUAAUAGUAACUUAUGUGUUAAUUGUGGUUUGCUUGUCAAAGGAAUCACAUCCAAUUCUCAUCAUUAUCAAGCUCGGGUCAUCAGCUCUGUAUAUGUGCUUACACUUAUUUCUAUAUUGUUAUUUAUUUGACAGAAUGAAUAUUAAACUACAAUCCGUUAAUACUAGCAUAUAUUCUUGUGAUUGGACGAAAAUGGAUAUCAAAUUUAAAAAGUUAUUAUUUUUAACGAUGCAGAUGAAUAAUGCCAAUACUUUAAUAAUAAAAGCUUCACCAACAAAAAUUGUCAACCGACAAUUAUUCGCUAAUAUUAUAACAAUGUCUUACAAUAUCGUUUCCGUCAUGCUGAAAACCACAAGUUAAAAAUCAAAUUUUCGUGCAGAUCUAAAAUUUUGAGCAAUUAAUAAAUUAGUUAAUAUUUUAAUAUAGGUAAUAUAAAUACUAG